CGUGACGUCAUUGGUGGAUCUUCGUUUUUGACAGGCUGCGCUCACUCGCGUUGAAUCCGAAGGUCAGCUCGUCUCCCCCGGCAGCACGGAGGCACCGUGACCGCGUUACAGACGCCAUGGACGGCUACGACAACCUGAACGCGUCGGAGAAAGCGGAGGCGUCGGAGCUGCAGAGGAUGAUCGCGAUAGAGCAGCAGAAAGCGCAGUUCCAGGCCCAGGUUCACACGUUCACGGACGUCUGCUGGGAUAAGUGCGUGGACAGUCCGGGCUCCAAGCUGGACCACCGGACGGAGACGUGCCUGGUGAGCUGCGUGGAGCGCUUCAUCGACACCACCCUGACCAUCACCAACCGCUUCACCCAGAUGGUGCAGAAGGGCGCUCACUGACGACGGCGUUGAUGAAAUGUUUUGUAUCGCGUUGAUGGACGUUUGAAUAUCCUGUAAUGUGACGUCAGUAAAGGGACGCAGCGUUCGC